UCAUUCUUGGACCUCUGCCCAUCUGCCACAUUAAAAUAUCAGCAGCCACGACUGGCCUAAUCUAAAGACUAAAUCCUCUCUGCAAUCUCCACCAAAGCUGACCAAAAUGGCAACACCAAAGCCGCCACAGCAGCAACAACAACGAUCACUUGCACCAUCUCCAAAUCCCUUCAAAAAACCUUUACUGAGUCUCCUUCUAAUAACCAUUUUCUGCUCACUUUCUUAUAUACUUGGCUCCUACGGCAACUCUUCCACCGUCACUCUUCCUCAGAAACAAGACCAUAAGUUACCUCAGUGUUUACAGCUAAAUUUCACUACCCACAACGUACUUUCACCUCCUCUUAACUUUGAACCACUCCACAAAAUUCCCCUUCCUCAAGAACCCGUCAAAAACUUGAGCUUUUGCUCUGCUAACUUCACCAACUACUUACCCUGCCAUGACCCACAUAGAGAAAGAAGGUUCAGUGUUCUUAGAUUCUCUCACAGGGAAAGGCAUUGCCCUGAAAGUGAUGAGAAAGUUAGGUGCUUGAUACCAAGGCCUAAAGGUUACAAAAAGCCAUUUCCAUGGCCUCAAAGUAGGGACUUUGCUUGGUUCAAGAAUGUGCCUUUUAAGAGGCUGGCACAGUAUAAGAAAGCACAGAAUUGGGUUAGAUUGGAAGGUGAUAAGCUGGUGUUUCCAGGCGGUGGUACUUCUUUCCCAAAGGGAGUGAAGGGUUAUAUUGAGGAGAUUAAUAAAGUUUUGCCGUUGAAAUCUGGGAAGAUCAGGACAGUUCUUGAUGUUGGAUGUGGGGUUGCUAGCUUUGGAGCCUUUCUAAUGGACUUCAAUAUAUUGACACUGUCGAUGGCACCAAGAGAUGUACAUGAAGCUCAAGUGCAGUUUGCCUUAGAAAGAGGAAUUCCAGCCAUGCUGGGUGUUCUGAGUACCUAUCGGCUUCCAUUCCCAUCAAGAUCUUUUGACAUGGCUCACUGUUCCAGAUGUCUGGUCCGAUGGACUCAAUAUGAAGGACUUCAUCUGCUGGAGAUUGACCGGGUUUUGCGUCCCGGAGGCUACUGGGUACUUUCUGGGCCACCUAUAAAUUGGAGGUUUAACUACGAAGGCUGGCAGAGAGAGCCUAAGGACUUGGAAAAUGAGCAAAUGACGUUGGAAGAUCUUGCUAGGAGACUGUGCUGGAAAAAGAUUGCAGAGAGGGGACCAUUUGCUGUGUGGCAAAAGCCUACUAAUCAUUUGCACUGCACCCAAAUGAUUAAAACUUGGAAAUCACCCCAAUUUUGCACUACGCCUGACCCUGAUGCUGGCUGGUACAAACAGAUGCAUUUGUGCAUUACCCCUCUUCCAAUUGUGAAAGACACCCGUGAAGUAUCUGGAGGUGCUCUUGAAAAUUGGCCUAAAAGAUUGAAUGCUGUUCCUCCCAGAGUUAAAAGUGGAACUAAAGAAGGCAUUUCCAUUAAGUCAUUCAAUGAAGAUAAUCAGUUAUGGAGAAGGAGAGUUUCCUAUUAUGGGGUUAUACUCAAGUCUCUUUCUGAUGGUAAAUACAGAAAUAUCAUGGAUAUGAAUGCUGGAUUGGGUGGUUUUGCUACAGCAAUGGAUAAGUAUCCAGUUUGGGUUAUGAAUGCAAUUCCUUCAGAUGCCAAAACAAACACCCUUGGUGUUGUGUACGAACGUGGUCUCAUUGGAACUUAUAUGAAUUGGUGUGAAGCUUUCUCAACAUACCCCCGCACAUAUGAUCUGGUACAUGCCUAUGGUGUAUUCAGUAUGUAUAUGGACAAGUGCGACUUCCUUGAUAUCCUCCUCGAAAUUUAUCGUAUACUUAGGCCCCAAGGAGCUGUCAUAAUAAGAGAUCAUGUGGACGUUGUUAUGAAACUAAAGGGCAUCACUGAUCAAAUGAGAUGGAAUGGCCAGGUUUUACACACUGAGAAUGGUCCUUUCCAGGCUGAGAAGAUACUAUUAGUUGACAAUUCUGAAGACUAAGUUAUCCCCAUCAAUAUCCAGCUUGCACAUACAUGAUUUUAGACUACUGUAAGUUUACUGAUUGCAAAUUGGAAACUCUGCUCACCUCUGUAUCGAAUCAAACAAUGUCUCAAGCCAUGUGGUA